UUUGGGCGUUUAAAACUGCGGUCCAUGGAUUGAUAAGGCAUUUCCGUGUCUGCGACGAAAUGUUGCUCGUCCUGUCGGUGUUGUUUGUUGCCGUCGUCACCGGCAAUGUCCCCGAGCCAAGAAUAUCCCAGUUACCGUCGGGCGAAAUCGAAUUAGCCGUCAAAGGUUCCCCUGGUAUCGAAUGGCAGCAGGUUCUGUAUACCAUCGAAGGCGCACAGCACACCGGCGUCUUCCACAAGUCGCCUGGCGGUGAUUUCUACCACAACAAGCCUGACGCAGGUCGACUGGGCGGCAAGGUUCACUACACCCUGGUCGGGGAGAAAGACGGACAGAUGGUCGUGGCCGACGGCUCCCAGGACACAGCUCCCCCGGCAAUGAUCCUGUUUCCGAACGGGCGGUCACGCCGGGCGGAACAACGAGUGAUGCGUGACGACUUUGACGGGAGUACCCUCAACAGGGGCCUAUGGGACUACGAGCUGUCCAUGUACGGAGGAUAUAACGGCGAGUUCCAGGUGUAUACAUGCGACUCCAAUAACGUGUUCCUUCGCAACGGGCACUUAUUCAUUAAGCCGACACUGACGUCGGAGAAGUACGGCGAGGGGUACCUUCACUCUGGAACUAUGGACAUGACGCAGUUGUGCGGAUCUUGCACGGAGCCUAAUGUCAAUGGCUGUCACAGAAGCGGCCGUGAUGGCAUUCUCCCACCGGUCAUGUCCGGUAAACUGAAGAGUAAAAACACAAUUCGGUUUGGUAAGGUCAACGUUCAUGCCAGGAUUCCUCGGGGUGACUGGCUGUGGCCAGCUAUUUGGAUGUUGCCAAGAGACAGUCGCUACGGCCAGUGGCCGAGAUCCGGCGAAAUUGACCUGAUGGAGAGCAGAGGGAACUCGCGGGCCCAGACCCCCGAUGGUGGAGACGUAAGCAUGAACCAGGUGGGCUCCACUCUGCAUUGGGGACCAGAUCCGGGCCAGAACAGAUUCUACAUGACCCACGGAGCUAAAAACGGCGGUUAUGCAUGGGGAUUCCACACCUACUCACUGGAAUGGACCGUAGACCACAUUCAGAUUCUCGUUGACGGCCAGAAUAUUCUCUGGGUGAACAUCGAGAACGGUGGUUUUUGGCAGAAAGGCGGAUUUGGUGGCAACAAUAUCUGGGGAAGCGGAACAAAGGCGGCGCCUUUUGAUCAAGCGUUCUACCUGAUCUUGAACGUGGCAGUAGGCGGCACGAGUGGCUGGUGGCAGGAAAACUGGCAGUACAGCUCCCAGAAGCCCUGGAACAACGGUCAGAGCCAGCGAGACGCUCAAAACUCCUUCUGGAACGGAAGGAACAACUGGCAAGGCUCGUGGCACGGUGACGACGUCGCCAUGGAGAUUGACUGGGCCGAGAUGAUCCAGUACACCUAGGUCAAGUGAUCUCAUACACUUCGAUCACGUGGCGAACUAGUCCGCGUUAAAAUGAAUAACAACGAUUUUUAAUAAACUUGUGUAAAAAGUUGGAAUAA